AUCGAUCAGCAGCUGAUUUUUAUUUUGGAUUUGGAGGUGUGAGUUUCAGUUGAAUAAUUCUGCUCUCUCCGCUCGUCGUAAACUUUGGGGCUGGAAGAUCACCGAAAUGCCCAAAAUUGAAUUAAAAAUCGUCAAUUAAGAGGAAAAACGUCAAACAGGAAGAUAUUAUGCGAUUGUUCACGGCCGUCGCGGGAGCCGCCUCCAGGGCCUCGGGGGUGUGGAGGCAGUCGUUUGAGUGGCUGGAGGCGGAGGCGCCAAAAUUCAGCCUGAGCGGGUCUCAGGUGCGAGUGUUGCGAUCUCCGAGCGAAUUUUAUGAAACGCUGCUCGAGCGCAGCCGAAACGCCCACCGCAGGGUCACCCUGGCCUCCCUGUACCUUGGCACGGGACCCCUGGCUGCCCGGCUGGCCGAGACCCUGAACGCCAGGAUGCAGGAGGCGCCUUCCCUGCGACUCAGGGUGCUGCUCGACUUCACCCGGGCGUCAAGAGGCGAGCUCAAUUCGCGCACGCUGCUCCUGCCCCUCAGGGCCAAGGGCGGCCAGGUCGCUCUCUACCACACACCUGAGCUCAGGGGCCUUGUUCGAAUGCUGUUGCCGCAGCGCUGGAACGAAGUGGUCGGUCUGCAGCACAUGAAAAUCUACCUCUUUGACGACAGCGUGAUCGUCAGCGGGGCGAACUUAAGCGACGACUACUUCACCAACAGGCAAGACCGCUACGUGCUCAUCGACGACUGUCCCUCCCUGAGCAAUUUCUUGGACGGCUUGGUCUCCACCGUGUCAGAUUUUUCGUUUCAGCUGACACAGGACAAUCAGACCGUCCUGGCUCCAAAUUGGAAAUUCCACCCGUUCAAUUCCCCGCGAUCAAAGUUCGUCGAUGCCGCGGGACAGCACGUGUCCACAUUCUACCAACAGUGGCUGCGACAAAGUGCCGCGGACACGACUCAAUUGGACACGGUGAUUUACCCUCUGAUCGAAAUGAGGCAGUUGGGGGUGGGCAACGACUGCAGAGUCACCAAGAGACUGAUCGCGUCCGCGCCGGCCAACGCCUGCGUGACCCUCUCCACGGGCUACUUCAACCUGACGGACGAGUAUUCGAAAUGCGUCAUUGACUCUGGCGCCGACUUUGACAUUCUUAUGGCCCACCCGAGUGCAAACGGAUUCCUUGGCGCCAGGGGAGCCGCAGGAGGGAUUCCGCACGCCUACACGCUGCUCGCACACAGAUUCAGACUGAAAUUGGCGGCGCUUGGACAGCAGUUAAGAGUGCGGCUGCGAGAAUAUCAGCGGCAGGACUGGACGUACCACGCCAAAGGACUGUGGUACCAACACCAGCCGGAUAUUAAGCCAGAAAUGACCCUAAUCGGAUCACCGAAUUUUGGCGAGCGAUCGACAGUGCGCGAUUUGGAGCUGCAGCUCAUUCUGGCCACGACUAAUGAAGGACUGAAAUCGCAACUGACAGAGGAGGUUCAAGAUUUGAAAAUGAGCACGACUGUCUUUCCUGAAAACCUCGACGUGGCACAACGAAGCACGCCCCUCUGGGUUCGAAUGGUUGUGUUUUUGUGCAAGAAGUUCUUUUAGAAAUAAAAUUUAAGUCCAACCUCUCAACUGGA